AACAUUCAAGAUUGUUGACACAAUGUUAAAUUUACACUUCCUUUUAGCAGGUUUUCAGUUUUUUUAAAAAAGGAAAACACAAAUUUUUAAGAUGUAAAAAGGAAAUGGCUGAAAGUCAAUUUGAAGACAACUUGAAAUUUUCGCUUUUUGUUGAAGGUGUAGUCAAUAAAGCUCAGACAGAGACAAAAAAUAAGAAUUCAGAAAGACUUUGUGAUGAUAUAAGAUACUAUAUUGAGACCUGGCUUUAUCUGGUAGAACAAAUUAACCCCCUUUAUAAAGUAUCAGAAUUAAUUCCAGUUGGAAGUUAUGCCGAAGGAACUAAAAUAAUACGAGCAGACGAAUUUGACUUUUUGGCUGUUAUUGAAGAAUUGUCUAAACCGGAUGUGAUUAAGAUAGAUGUAAGUGAAAGCGACAUUAAUCAAGGUUUGGUAAAAAUCGUAGUAGAAGACGAAAAUUUAAAGUUAAAAUGGAGCGGACUUAGUAAAGACGGCCAUCUGCAAUGUUUUCAGCCAAUAAACUUUCCCAAAAAGAAUGAAAACAGAUUUGGACAUGUUGUUAUACAAGCUUUGAAAAAGUUUAUCAAAAGCGCGAAACAAAUAGAACGCUCAUUCGCAUCACCAACUCACAUCGAUUGCAAUAUUCCUUUAUCUAAAGUGUAUGAUAAGUAUUUACAUUUCAGAGGAGCUCUUUUUAAAGCACCUAAUGUAAUCUUAAACUUUGAAUACGGGAACAGAGAGGUAUCGGUUGAUGUUUCACCAGCAAUAAGAUAUCAUAAAAUCCACGAUUGUUUCAGAGUAGAUGACUGCGUUGGUCCAAAGUUUUCUGAACUUGUCCUUCGACGCAAAUCUUUGUUGUUUGUCGGAACUGAAAAUGAAUCUGAUUUUAAAGUGACUGUAACGGAAGCAGAGGUUGAAUAUAUAUUGACUGUCAUGAAACCCGAGCACAAGAUCAUCUAUGUUUUUCUCAAAUAUGUCAAUAAAUUAUUUACAGAAAUGUAUCCAUCCUAUAUCACACUAACUUCAUACACUCUGAAAACAGUUUGUAUUCAUCAUGAUGUGAAGUGUGAAAAUGACGAGAGAUCCAUUAAAGAGUGUUUAAAAUCAGUAAUGAAUGAUCUAAAUGUUUGUUUAAAUUUAGAGCAAUAUUUUGUUGCAAGUAUAGUAAAUAAACAUAUUAACCUUAACAAGUAUAAAGGCGAUGAUAAGAAUGACAGCAGAAACUAUGCUUUUCGAUGUCUCACUGAAUUGUGUCAGUUACCUACAGAAAUUGAAACCGUUGAUGACUUUGAAACAUUUAUGAGGCAGAUUGUGGAAGCUGAGCGACAAAAGAAAGUGCAAGCUGAGGAGGAAACGGCAAAAGUUGAUAGAAAAUGUUUUGAACUCUAUUAUGCCGAGCGUAAAGAAAAAGCUUCAAAAAUUGUUGCUAUGGGAUUUGAUCCUGAUGAUGUGGAGGAAGUUAUGAAAGAUUAUUGGCAUACUGAAAAUACUAUGAUAAGUAUCCUACAGAGGCGCGUAAGGGAACGUGAAAAGAAAAAGCUUAACGCCGAACAAGUCUGUUCAGCAACUCAAGGAAUGCUAGUCUCUGACACACAUUCUGUCAACGAAGAACAUUUAAAUGGUGAUGUGCCUGAGGAACUUUCAAGUCAACAAAGAAGCGCCACUCAAAUAUUGUACCAACGGGAGAAAGAUGUUUGAUUUUUUUCUAAACAGUCUUGGAUUACAAGUAAAAUGUUUGUGUUACAUUCUGCAAUGAUAUUAAGUGUUAUAUAGAUUUAUUUAUUUAUUUAUUUACAUCAUUAAUUUACAUAUACAUGAUGUUUGCAAUACUUUGUAUCACUAGUGGAGCCCGCAUCUCCCUGAGGUAUAUGUCUUCCACGAGAGUCACGAUAUUGAGACACUUCAUAAUAUUUUUAUAAAGAAGUAUUGGGGGUAUUUAGAAUGAAUUGAGAAUGCACGGAGAAUUAUGUAGAUUGUCAAUGGAAAUUAUACUUAAACGAUAUCUUAAGGUUUGGAUACAAAACCUUUAAAUCUCAUAUUAACAGUCAAGUCGGAUAGAUUCGAAGUGAAAAUGCUUAAUUCAGUUUUAUUCUAUAUAUGUUGCUACCCUGAAAUAUUUUAUUGUUAAGGGAAUGUAAAUGAAUAAUUUGUUUAUGAUAAUAUUGAACGUAAUUUCAUAUAUUUAUUUUAAAUUCAAUUAGUAAUUACCUAUGUAAUAUUAAAUGUUGUAAUCAGACAGAGUACGACCAGAAGGUGAUCACCGAUCCACUAGGUAAAUAAUGGACCCGAGGGCCUAUUAAUUUUACCGACCCUUCUUUGACGUAUAUUAAUGUUUUAACAAUACAAUACAAAACUUCAUUCAGUCAAUUACAGAAACAUAUGGUUAGAACUAAAACAAACAAAUAUGUUCAAUGACAGAUAUGUCAAAUGAAAGAAGAGUGUAGUUCAAAAACAUUAACAAUUGAAAAUAAUUCUAACAGUUAAACAAUCCAUAUACUUUGCUCACACGUCUCAUAUAAUUCUUAUUGAAUGGAAUAUGUACUUCUAUCAUCACAGUUUUAUUCACUUUGAUUGUUGUUUAUGUGACGUACAUUUGAUGAGACUUAAACUAUUUGAGCUUGAACUUGUAUACGUCAUAUUUCGGAUCAGGCUGAGUCAAACCGAUGAUACCUUUUUUGCUUUAAAACAUAUCAGAAUCUUUAUUGUUUGUUUGUUUGUUUUUGGGUUUUACGUCACAUCGACACAGUAUAGGUCAUAUCGCGACGUUCCAGCUUUACUGGUGGAGGAAGACCUCAGGUGCAUUAUUCGUGCAUUAUUUCAGGCACGAAUUGGCACCUGAGUAGAACCACCGACGUUCCGUAAUUCAGAAUCUUUAAGUCGCUUAAAUCAAUACAUGUAUUAAAACAUUAACAUUUCAAUAUGUUUUGCUAUAAGUUAGUAACUACAUGUGAAACACUUGAUAGAAGAAAUCAACAGCGGAAAAAGAAACUUAAAGGAAGUUUAUACAUGAUAACUUCAAUGGGCACUUAAAGAUCCUGUAACUCAAUUUUUUGUUGUUUUAUAUCAUAUAAUUAUAUAAUGCUCAAAUGAAGAUUCAUCAAUAUUGUAAGUUCUAAAUAGCAUUAUUUGUUAAGAUAGUACCGAAUUUACAUUUCUCGUAAAUAAAGGGAGGUAAUUAGAAAUUUAUUUUCUGAGUCAUUUUUUCAAUAAGAAAUGAAUGCAUGUAUUUUAAUGAGGACAAAUAUUUGCUGUACAUAUUUUACAUAUUCUUCGAUGUUUAAAAAUUGUUUUAGAAGAUAAUCAUAUACAAAUAUAAAAUUUCACUUAAGUAUAGUAACAACCUUAAUUUCAACAUUAAGGAUGUUUACGUAGGAUUGAUAGUAUAAAGUCAAAUGUCGCAUAUGCUUGGCUUCGUCAGUUGAAAGGAUUUUAAAAAAAACUUUCCGCUUCAUACGUUGAAAGGCUGAUAUUUUCCGCUGAAAUUGCAUUAAAGAAACUAUUUGACCCAAACAUUGCUUUCAAACUUCAUAUUUUGAUUCUACGUUAUAAGAAGACGCUAGCUUACAUAUCUUUGGCUCAGGAGUAAUAAUAUUUUCCAUUGAAAUCCAUCGUGAAGCUCCCUGAUGGGCGUUCCUUACCGACUGGUUAACACCGUUGGUAUAAGACCACUGUGGGUUCGAAUCGCGCCGGGGACAUUCGUUCAUGUGGGGAAACUAUCCAGCUAGCAUACGGAAGAUUGGCGAUUCUCAAGUGCCUGGGGUCCUUCUCUAUAAGAUAAAAGGCAGAGAGUCGUGCGAAGUAAAAUCCUAUCACAAUCUUAAGCACUAGUGUUAGCAAAAUACAAUAUGUAUCGAAUUGUGUGAGUUAAGUCAACUGUUUACAACUGUUGUUCCAUUAAAGUUGCAUACAAAUGAAAUAGCUACAUUUCGUAAAUUAAAUGUGUUUCAUUUC